AUGGCUGCAAUCAACGGUGGGCUUCCCGGUAACUCUGCGUGGGGUCCCAACGGCAACGGCUGGGGCCCGUCCGGCACUCGUCCUGCUGGUUGGGGUGGGCCGUCGUCUGACUGGGGCCCGUCCAACAGCGGCGCCUGGGGCGGUCCCUCGGGCCACUCCGGCCCUGGUGGAUGGGGCCCUUCCAACGGUGGCUCUGGUGGUUCUGGCGGUUCUGGCUGGGACCCGACCGAUUCCGGUGCCUGGGGUCCAUCCGACACGGGCGCUUGGGGCCCGUCGUCGACCGGCUGGGCGGCCACUACGACACCCACGACGACGGCCAUUGUGGUGACGACUACGCCCGAGACGACACCUGUGACGACGCCCACGCACACGUCGGAGGCGACGUCGGUGGGCCCGGUGUCUUUGUCUUCGACAGCCUCGACGCGGACGACAUCCACGACGUCCGCGACGUUUGUCAACUCCACGUCCUCGGUGACGCUCCCUCCGACGUCGUCGCACGCGCAUCCGCACUCGCACACGACAUCGGCCGAGACGACGACCACGACGCGCCCCUCGAGCUUUGUGAGCACGACGACGAGCGCCGGCCCCACGAGCAGCGCAACCGGCCCCCCGGGCCCGCCUUCGUCGGGUGCUGCUGGCAUGCGCCAGGGCGGCAUGAGCGCGGCCGGCGUGGCCCUCUUCAGCCUGGCCGUGGCGGGCAUGCUCUUGUUUUAA